CAACCACGGAAUCUUCUAAAUAAAGUUUGACACUUUGAAAGCAUACAUUUUGCAGUUACCAGAAAAAAGGAGCAGAUCAAUUCAAGAUGGCAUCGCGUGCAGUUGGGAGAUUAACGAAAUCAAUAUUUUCACAGAACGUUUUACCUCGCGCUGUUUUGAGUCAGGGACUUUCCUCACAUCCUAACGCAUCGCCAAGAGAUCGUAUUUGGUCUUGUAGAAAAGAAACUGAUCGAAGUCAGGUCGGCUUGGAGUGUUUAAAAGAUAUGGUUAUAGAUGGCGAUUUACAACUGUUUGACGUACGAGAACCUCACGAACUUGUUUCACUUGGAAAAAUACCGAAGUCUGUAAAUAUUCCAUUGGCAGAAAUUGUCGAGGCCUUCGGUAUGAGUCCAUCAGACUUCGAGAAAAAAUACGGUGUCAGAAAACCUGACGUCAAGGACGAAAACCUCAUCUUUCAUUGUCAAACGGGUCGGCGAGCAAGGAAGGCCAUGGAAAGUGUCAAAGGACUGGGGUUUGAAAAGGCCAGCCGUCUAGUUGGAGAAUGGUCUGAACUCGACUUCUACAUCAAAAGGAAGCCUCACAGUACCCCGCGCAAAAUUACAUUCGAACGCUGAUGAAUUGAAAAAGGUUUGAAUAAAGUAAACAUCGCCACUGGAAAAAGAACCGUUUCAUCAUCAACGAACCAGCGAUAUUUCAUAUUUACGAUCUAAUUUAAUCGCUGUUUAAAUCGUUCUUAUAGUAUUUAUAAUUUGACAAAUUUACUUUCACUACUAGUAUUUAAACUUACGACAAAUUAUCUACUUAUCAUAUUUCUCCGAUGAAAAAAGUGUCCUAUUUAUAACUUAUCAUGACAUUGUACUCUUGCCAAUAUUCGUUUUAUUUAUCAUAGUUAUUAUUUGCUAUAUUUUAAUGUAAGUUACGUUUGCAAAUUGUAAUACAAUUUUUUAUGGGUUGACCGUCGUAAAUUAGUAUGUUAACGAAUAAACUCCGUGCAAAGCGGCCAAGCAAUCGAGUUAGUUCGCCGUGGCCUCAUAAUAGUAACAUAUUUUGAGUAUAAUAUUACAUUGAUUCGAUUUUGAACGGAUUGAUUGUCAAGUGAUCUGAGACGGUGGAAUGCCUGAAUGAAUACAGUGCAAAUUGUAGUAAACUGCUUCCUACUUCAUUCUUUUUUAAUAUUUCGCAUAUUUAGAAAUACUAUGUAACUAUUGAAAUUCUUUCAGAUAGUUAUAUUCAUGUAAGAUAAUGUUAUAAUUAAAAAAACUGCAACAACCUU